UGGUAGUUCUAGGUUCUAUUCAUAAUUGAAACAGCCACGAGUGAGUGAAGCAUUUCAGUCGAUUGCACAAUUUCCUCCAAUUUUUCGGUGAUCGACGUUUGGCGGUUGAUUAGUUGUGUGAAAAGAACUUGGAUUUUUUUGGCAAUACGUUAAUCGUUCCAACAUGACUUCAGGCGAAGCGUUCUGGAAUCUAGUUGAGGCUCAAGUGAGAUGCACUAUUCCGACUUAUGUGAAAAAUCUGUUGAGAUUGCGUGGUUUUGACAACGCAUUAAGCGUUAAAGCGCUAACCGACGAAGACUUGAAAUCGCUCGAGACGUUCGCUCGAACGAAAAUGUGGAUGUACAUCCCGCCUGGUGCGAAUGACAAGGACUAUUACCACAUGUUCUCGUCAGACCCGGAGUCUUUCGAAAUUCUACCGGGCCAUGUCAAGAUGUUGAAGGAAAUCGCCAAACAAGUUGAUGUCAUAGCGCACGACUCAGCCACUUCGGUUUAUACCGUUUCAAGAACUAGCUCCGAAAUCAAUAACUCCAGCCAAGAAGGUGACAUUCAACUUCACCAUUCGAGUAAAGAAGAACGUGACGAUUCCAUCGUACCAUGCAAAACACAACGGGAUGACAUACCCCAAACUGGAGCGACAGUUAUCAAGGAACAGGAACCAUUUAAGGCUUUCAUUGUUGAUGGAUCGCCGGAACAGUUUUACAUACAAUUGGAGAGCAAUCAGAGCGAAUUGGAUCGAAUUGAAGUUCUGUUGAAACCUGCACCUACAUGGGCUGUCUUCAAUAAGACGCUGAUUGGCCAGAUGUGUGCAGCUCUUUUCGAUGGCAGUUACUAUCGAGGCAUUAUCUUAUCAUCGGAUGACAAAGGUGCAACCGUCCACUACAUUGACUACGGGAACAAGGCGAUUUCAACCGAUCUACGAAAGCUGCCCGACAAUGUUCAACACCUCAAACGUUUGGCCAUUCUUUGUCGUCUCGAAUCGAAGCAUGGAACAUUCAGUCCGCGGCUGAUUGAGAAAUUUGACAGUUUAUCGCGGGACGAUGUGUACGAAAUGAAAUUCGUUUCUGAGGAAUCUAAUCCGGCAGUCGUGCAGCUGUUCGUCGAUGGCGUAUUUUUUGCGGAAAAUGAGGAAACAACAAAAUCUCUAAGUGUUCCGGCACCCAAUAGUUUUGACAAACAGUUCGACGACAUCGAGGAAUCGAAUAGAAAACUCGAUGAAAUUCUCAACGAAAUGAGUGAGUUGGUGGCGAAAAGUCUGCCUUCAACCCAUCAAGACGAAACACCAUCCACGACAUAUGAAAUGCCUAAAUUCGCUUGUCCAACAUCUCUGAAAGGUGGGGAUUUCGUUGUAAUCCGUUAUGUGGAAUCACCAACACUAUUCUCUGUGCAGCUAACCACAAGCAUUGCCGAAUACGACGCCAUGAUGGAUAGACUAUGUAAUUACUGUACGACUGCACCAGCAAUUCUCAAGCCCCAAAUCGGUAUGGCUUGUGCAGCUUCGUAUAAGAACGAUUCGGAAUGGUAUCGGGCUGAAAUCCUGAACAUCGGCAGAAAGGACGCAUUGACCAGAUUCGUUGAUUAUGGCAUCGAACUGAGGAUUGAGAUCAAUAAGUUGAAGGAAAUUGGCAACGAAUUUCUGCUGAUGCCGAAGCAAGCGAUACCCUGCUGCAUACUCGGCUUCGAGUCACUCAAAGCAGUCAGGACGGUUAAAGACUUAUUCGAAUUUUUGGCGGAGCAAUCAAAUGGUGAUCGACGUAAAUUUCAAGUGAGCAGAUUCGGAACUAUUAAUGGCACCACGUUGGUCAAUUUGGUUGACGUAGAAGAAAGCCCAGUCUUGGAUUUGUCAUUCCGUUUGUUGCAAUUAAGCUUGCCGCUGUCGAAGUUCCGUGAACAGCAAGUUGUGCAUCGUAGACACGUAGAUACCACUCAGGUGGAUAAAUCAUGGUCAAGCUCGAUGAAUGGUCACUUACAACGAAUUGCUAACGGACAACUCGCCCAUCAAUUACGUUGGCUAAUCUCGCAUAUACAGAUUAACAACAUCAGAUGGAUGUCUUUACUGUGGGAAAGUUUUGAAAUUUCGAAUCAUGUCAUCAAAAAUCAUGGAGAAUAUAUGGUACCAAGCCCAUUAAGGUUACCAGCUGCACGCGCACCUAAACUCAAGAACGACAGCGCGCAAAUGCAAAUGAUUUUGAAUCAUUUGGGUGUACGACAUAGCUCCGGCGAAAGGACAACAUCGGACCACAGAUUGUAAGAUGGUGGAUACAUUCGAAAUUUAAAAUGCACGUUGGAUGUGCUCGUUUCAAGAUAUUUUAAAUAUUUUUAAAAAACAAUUUUUUCUACUCUUUAUAACUGAUUUGUUAUAAAAACGCAUUGCGCCGUAUUUUUUUCUUAUGCACAACUAUGAAUUUUAUGCAUGCAUAUCAGAGCAAAAAGUGUUAAUUUUUUUUCUGGCAA